AUGCUCGCUCAACGUGUUGGCGUCAACGCCCUCCGCUCAGGCGCGGCCAAGCCUUUCUUUGCUCAGAACAUCUCCAAGAGUGCUCUGGCUGCUGGCAUCUCUACCUCUUCUCCCAACCGCGCCUCUACUGGUUCUGUCAAGGUCUCUCAAGAGGAAGGUCAACAGAUCCUCGUUAACCAGCGCCUCAACCGACCCGUCUCUCCCCAUCUGGCCAUCUACAAGAUCGAGCAGACAUGGUUCGGUAGCUCCGCCUGGAACCGUAUCACCGGCUCUACUCUCUCCGUCACCCUCUACGGCUUCUCCAUCGCCUACCUCGCCGCUCCCAUCGUCGGUCUCCACCUCGAGAGUUUGAGCAUCGCUAGCUUCGUCGCCGGUCUUCCCCUCGCCGUCAAGGGUGGUCUCAAGUUCACUCUCGGUUUCCCCUUUGUCUACCACGCCAUCAGCGGUGUCAAGCACCUUCUCUACGACGCCGGAAAGGGUUUCGCCAAGACAACCAUUAUUCAGGCUGACAAGUACAUCUGGGCUGCCAGCGUUCUCGGCGCUAUUGGUCUGGUUGCUUUCCUGUAA